AUGGCGGCCCUUGAAGUGGAGGUGGCGGAGAACGUGCGCGUGCAGAUCAAGUCUUUGCACGAGGAGCUAGAGAGACGGGCGCGGCCGGAGCUCGCUGAGGAGCUGGAGACAAAGUGCUCCAGCCUGCUGAAGGAGGCGGAGGCCUCCCUGGGCACCUGCCUCGCAGAGGCUGCAGAGGCCUCGCGCAAGGCGCUGAGGACGGCCCGGAAAGAGCACGAAGCGUUCGUGCUGCGGCGGCAGAAGCAACUCAACAGUUGCAUGCAGGAAUGCCAGGAGCAGCUGCGCGAGGCGCACGCGCACUGCGAUGGCCUGGCGGCUAAGGCGCUUGCGAAGGUGGAGGCUCUCCAGGAGCAGGAGCAGCGGAAGUGGAGUGGGCAACUCGAUUCGCGCCUCGGGCGCUGCGAAGGUGAGUGUCAGGCGCUGCUGAGCGACGCGCGCCAGCACCUGAAUGCUUCGGAAGAGAUGCUCCAAACCUGGCGGCGAGAUGGCGAAGCGUUGCAGCAAGACCAGCGGGCCAGCGUAGCAGAUUUGCGCGACCGGUUGGAGAAGGUGGGGGAGGCGGCCGCCACCAACGAGAAGGAGCUGCGCUCCCAGAGGUCGCUUCUCGACCAGUUGGCAGCGAACUUUCAGACGCUGCAAGAUCGCUUGGUGGUGGUCGAGGCAGCCGCCUCCAAGCAGUCGAACUCCCUGCUGAGCUUGCGGCAGAAGCUGCAGUCUGUCAAGGGGAUCAAUGGUCGAGACGUACAGUUGAGUUAUUCAGUCGUGGCAAGUACCGGCAAGGCGGCACAGACCAAGACCUGA